AUGUACUGCGCUUUAUGUCGGAAGCAUAAUGUGGACUUGGGAGAAGCUACACACAACUUUUGUUCUGGGACGGAUGACUUCAGACUUGAAUUAGUCACUGAGCAUGAAAGCAGUGAAGCCCACGCUUGGGCAACCUGUAUGGAAGCGGCCAACUCCUCUACCCCAGAUACAACAACCACUGAACAGUUAUUAAAAAAUAUUAAUAAAGCAACCUUAGGGAAAAUAGAAAACAUCUUCAGAACAUGCCAUGCUAUUGCCAAGACUGGACGGCCCUUCACAGACCUGGACUGGAUGUGUAAGCUGGACGAUAUGAAGGGGGUGGAUAUCGGAUCCAUCUUCAGAAAUGACAAGGCAGCAAGAAUCUUUAUUCACUUCAUUGCUGAGGUGGAGCGAAGGGCCUUGAAGGAGAAACUGGAGCAAUGCAAGUUCUUCUCGCUCAUUAGCGACAGUGUCACAGACCACACGAGCACAGAAGCAGCUCUCGUUUAUGUGCGCUUUGCCUACGAAGGGAAGGUCCAUUGCCAGAUCGUUGGGGUUCAGUCGGUAGACCAGUACAAUGCUUCGGCGGUGAAAAAUGCCAUUUUGAAAAUACUGCAGACCAAUCUGCAGCUCCAUCUGCUGAGCCAAGACUGGGCAAGGAAGCUAGUUGGCUUUGGGAGUGGUGGCGCAGAAGUCAUGGUGGGGCAAAAUAACGGGGUGGCUAAACUUUUGAAAGAAAUCCAGCCGUGUGUUCAGAGUGUACAUUGUCUCGUUCAUCGGCUUGAAAUGGCCUACAAGACAACCUUGAAGAGCACUCAUCUGUACACUGUUCUCCUGGGUCUCUUGCAAAAUGCGUACUAUUUUUAUCAAAACUCACCCCUGAAUAAAAGCAAUCUUAAGCUAACAUACAAAGCCCUCAAACUGAGGCCAGCUAUUCCUUCUCGAGUUGGUGGUUCCCGUUGGCUCCUCCGCCUACAGACUGCUCUUCAAAUUCUGCUUAAAGGGUACCCUGCAAUUGUCCUACACAUGAGUGAGAUACAAGAAGAGCCAUGUUCUUCAAAUCACCAGAAAGCAAAAGACCUUUUAAAGCUCCUUCUGAAAACAGACAUUGUUAAGUUUUCCCAUUUCUUGCUGGAUGUCAUUAAUGUCCUCAACAUCCUGUCUCGCGUGGCCCAGGAUCAGAACUCUUCCAUUGCGGACGUUUUUGCAACUAUUCAGUCAACACAGGAAACCCUCCAAAUGUAUAGAGCGAGGUCUGGUCCUAGGGAGCGCCUAGUGGAGACCACAACGCACUUCCACGGUCACCAGCUAAUCGGAGAUGGAGAUAUAAAGCAAGACCGAACAGAACUAUUAAGCAAUCUUUUGAACCACCUGCGCGAUUGCUUUUGUGAUGCUAGCGAAGACGUUUUGAGAGCAAGUACUAUCGGGAGUUUUAAACUGUGGCCCAACGAAAUCAUACAGGAAUUUGGUGAGGUUGAAGUGUCUGUCCUGACCAAGUAUUAUGAGCCAAUGUUGGAACGUGCCGGUGUGAAGGUCGAUGAAGUUGAGACCGAAUGGACCAUGCUGAAAGCAGAGCUGUAUAAUAGAUAUCAGAAUGUCCGAAGGAUAACAUGGGAUUUGGUGAAUUCAGAUUAUUCUCAUAAAUACCCAAACAUCUUGGCACUGGUGGAUCUGGUCUUGGCGCUGCCUGCAAGUUCCGACGAGGCGGCCCGCGGCUUCUGUCAAAUGAAGCUGACCAUGAUGCAGCGGCGUCCGAAGCUGAUGCUCGAAAGCAUGACUGACCUCAUGAUCAUUCAGAUGAAUUCUCCAGACAUCAACAAUUUUGACCCCCAGAAGGCUGUUCAGUUGUGGAAUAUUUCUUGGCAGAGGAACAGAAAAAUGGAGGGCAGCCAAUGGAUGGCUACUCGGGAGAGAUCAGAUUGUUCCUCCGACUCUGAUUGGGAAAGUUUAUUUGGAAGUGAUUAGA